AUGUCUGAAACCCAGAGUCAGGCAACUGACUCAGAGACUACUCUCUACGAUCUCGCUAGCAAGGAUCGCUGUGCCAGUUGGUCACACAAUGCUUUGAAAGCACGUCUAGUUUUAAAUUACAAGGAGAUCCCAUAUAAGACGGUUUGGAUUGAAUAUCCAGAUAUAGCUCCAACUUUCAAGUCGCUCGGUGUUAUCCCAAAUUCAACUGGCUUGCCAUACACAAUCCCAACUAUCCGUCUUCCUGAUUCCACCUAUAUCCAAGAUUCCCGCUCCAUCGCCUCCACCCUAGAGACAAAUUAUCCUACUCCACCUCUCAAAAUCGACUCUCCUCAUCUAUCUCAAGCCGAGGAUCUAAUUGCCAAGCUCCAGCUUGCAACACGUCCCCUCUGGAUGCCACUUCUUCCCACAAACAUCUUAAAUGACUAUUCGCGUACUUAUUUCGAAGAGACUCGAAAAGAAAGAGUUGGUAUGCCCUUAUCCGAGUAUGGCGAGAGGGAAGGUGGAGAGAAAUGCUGGGAAGCUGCUGAGCCGAUUGCCCGGGAAUUGGGAAGAUUGUUAAAGACUAAUGGUGGGCCAUUUAUUGAGGGAGAUACUCCUUCAUAUGCUGAUUUCUUCAUCGUUGCCACUUUAGAAAUGUUAAACAGGAUUGAUGCCAAAAUCUUUGCACGAUUAGUAGAAAUGGAGGACUCUUUGGGGAAAGUACAUGAGGCCUGUACCCCUUGGUUGAAACGGGACGAUUAG